ACAUCUAUUCGAGCCAUGGAGAGCUUUGCUGAGUCCCAGAGGGCUUACUAUUGCAAAGCGCCAUUGCAUCGGUGCUCCAAAAGGUCAUGGCCAAUCACAGAUUGCUCUCUGGUUUAACAUCCUUACAACGAAGUCAGCAAGACAAAGUUGGGCGUGACAGUAUGGGGACACUCCAAGGCACAAUCGUGAGGUUAAUACUCGUACGUACUCACAUGAUUCGCGGACGCACGGCAAUCUCGGACGCCAAACCUCGCAAUACCGUGCAUAUCAUUAGCAUCAUAUCUCCACAAUGGCCGAUUCUAUGACCGUCGCACUUUAGCACAAGACAACAACUUGGUGACAGCCAUCAGAAAGUCGCAGAUUUAUACAGGGUCUCAAAGUCAUCCCACUACGACCGUCACGCCGGCGUACGCGCGUUCCAUACGAGCUCGGCCUCUCGACACCUUUCUAUCAUGCAGGAGGAGGAAUUGGAUCAAAAAGAUCGACAAAUAUGCUGAGCGAGGCACCCCUGCGAAGAUGAACAGCAGGUUCCAGUCUCUCGAUGUCGACUUCUUCAACACCCUCAAGACAGCGUACCAUCGUCAACUGGAUGAAUACCAGCUUGGUAGCUCCGUUAGAGGGGUGGGAAAGGGGAUGUUUUGGGGUUGGCACCAGAGGGCGUGGGGGGAGACGGCGACCUCACGCCAAAUUCGAGGGACUUGGAGGAAAUCAGAGCAGUCCUGCCCCUCAAGCUGCCGCUGAGGGCCCUCUCACCCCCCACAACCUCCGCAUCCUUUGCGUGAACAAAUGGAUCUCCCAACCGACAUCCUCCACACCUACAGAUCUACGGCUCUUGAGGAGUACCAAGUUCUCCCCAUACUUUGACAACUGCGUUGGUGCCCUUGAUGGCACCCACAUCAGGACGACAGUCAGGGGGGAAGAAGCCAAAAGGAGCUGGCGUAACCGCUACUCCUACAUCUCCACCAAUGUUCUGGCAGCGUGCGAUUUUUCGCUGCGCUUUGUCUAUGUCCGGCCCGGUUAUGAGGGGUCGGCCAAUGACCAGAACGUACUGAAUAACGCCCUGGAAGACAAUUUUGUCAUUCCAAAGGACCGCUUUUACCUGGCUGAUGCUGGGUAUGGAGCUCAUCCUGGGCUGCGACUUCCUUUCCGGGGCGUAAGGUACCAUUUGAAAGAGUGGGGAAGGGCCAACACCCGACCUCGUAGCAAGGAGGAGUUGUACAAUCUUCGCCAUGCUUAAGCACCUAACGUGAUUGAGCGUGUGUUUGGCGUGGUCAAGGAGAAGUUCCCCAUUUUGAAACAAGGAUCGGAGUAUACUAUCCGCGAUCAGUGUCGAGUGAUCAUAGCAGUAUGCAUCUUCCAUAACGCGAUCGCCACACAUGAAGGUGUCGACCUUCAUGGCGAAGAACUCUUCCCCAGCAUCCGGAUGGCACAGGAUGUCUCCAUGGCUCACAGAGCCGAUGCUUACGAGGUCAAUGACCCAAAGAGGAAGCAGGAGCGAAUUCGGGCCAGAGAGGAAGCAGAAGAGGCCCUGAGGAGAACUGGGGUGAGCACGUGGGGGAAGACAGUGGUAGAAAAUAGAAAACAAUGUGAUAAAAUGAGGGACAGGCUGGCUGGGAAGAUGUGGAGGAAGGACCAGGAAUAUGGGCAUGCUAAAUAGUCGUGACGGAGUUAGUCUAGCUGCUCGUUUAGAUAGAUGACUACGUGGUCUUGUUCGUUCAGAUUCUAUACCCUACUUUAAUUUUCUCUUUUGUAGCUUUCUGAUCUUUCCUCAUCACUAUCUUGUACACUGCUCUCUGAGACUGUUUGUACGAAGGUGUUGAGUGAAUACCAGUUCAACAAGUCCAUGUAUUUUGCUUUGUUU